AUGGCGUUGACAACCGAUCUCUCCUCACACCUCGCCCUGGUGACCGGAGCAACAGGCGGCAUAGGCAAAGCGACGUGCCUGGCCCUCGCGCGCCUCAACUGCUCCAUCGCCGUGCACUACCACAGCGCGGCCGACACGGCAGAAUCCCUAGUCGCGCAGCUCAAGUCGAUGAACGUGCGCGCCUCGGCUUUCCGAGCCGACCUGUCCUCCUACGACGAGACACGCUCUUUGCACGCCAACGUCGUGCGAGAGUUGGGCCAUCCGACCAUCCUCUUCAACAACGCCGGGAUGACCGCUGGUGUAUCCCGGGUCAAGGACAUCAGCGAGGUGUCCGUGGACGACUUUGAGAAGACCUGGAGAGCGAAUUGCGGAACGGCUUUCUUGCUCACCCAGUUGUGUAUCCCUAAAAUGGUCGAGGCCGGCUGGGGCAGAAUCAUCUUCUGUUCCAGUGUCGCUGGCUUUACCGGUGGGGUAGUCGGACCGCAUUAUGCUUCGUCCAAAUCGGCUCUGCACGGUCUGGUGCAUUGGCUGGCAGGCGCUUAUGCAAAGACUGGCGUGACCAUCAACGGCGUCGCUCCAGCGCUGAUCGAAGAGACCAAGAUGCUGCCUGGAGGGUCGGCAGAGUUGUCUGCGAAAAUCCCCAUCGGGAGACUUGGGAAGCCUGACGAAAUCGCAGAGACAGUGCUGUGGAUGGUCAAGACUGGUUAUGUCCACAACAAAAUCAUCGCGGUCGAUGGCGGCAUGUUCAUCCAGUAA